AUGAAUGCUGGUCGUGUGAAGAUCUAUGAAGCCAGCCCUGAAGUACUAAAACUUCUAUCAGGCACGAGGCUUCGUGUCUCAAUAAUUGUGACAAAUGACCUAAUUUAUGGUAUUGCAACUAACCAAACAAUAGCUGAUCAAUGCAUUCGUGACAACGUUCUUACAUAUUAUCCCAACACCAAAAUCCGAUCCAUUCUUGUUGGGAAUGAAGUUCUUAGUUAUGAUAAUCAGAAAAUGUGGGCUGAUCUUGUACCAGCUAUGCAGAAAAUCAAGAAAUCCUUAGUUUCACAUAACAUUCAUAACAUCAAAGUUGGGACGCCCUUGGCUAUAGAUGUAGUGGAAUCAAUAUUCCCUCCUUCAAGUGGGAAAUUUAAGGACGAAAUUUCGGACAAGAAUUCUGGGCCAGGAACUAAAAGGCACUGGGGAAUGUUGAACCCAAAUGGGACUCCAAUUUAUGAGCUGGACUUGACUGGAGUCCGACCUGGAAGUGAUUAUCCACAGACCACAUUUGCAGGAGCCAUUGAAUAA